AUCCACUCUCACAUUAAUUCAUAGAGUCAUCUCAUAUAUCUCCUCAGAACAUAACUAAGUUUCUCUCAUUAAUUUUCCAAGCCAAAAAAAAGAAUGUCAACCACCAUUGAAAUCCCAGAGUCAAGCAAAGUUGCUAAGGGAAAAGCUGUUGCAGUAGUUGCACCAGCAAGGCCAGGAGGGUGGAAGAAAGGGGUGGCAAUAAUGGACUUUAUUCUAAGGUUAGGUGCUAUUGCUGCGGCUCUUGGUGCUGCUGCCACUAUGGGAACAAGUGAUCAAACACUUCCUUUCUUCACUCAGUUCUUUCAGUUUGAGGCUAGUUAUGAUAGCUUCACUACUUUUCAGUUUUUUGUUAUUACAAUGUCUCUAGUGGGUGGUUACCUUGUUCUGUCACUACCUUUCUCUAUUGUAGCCAUCGUUCGCCCCCAUGCUGUUGGACCAAGGCUUUUCCUCAUCAUCUUAGACACUGCGUUUCUUACUCUAGCCACUGCUGGUGGUGCUUCAGCUGCAGCCAUAGUUUACUUGGCACACAACGGGGAUCAGGACACGAACUGGUUAGCCAUAUGCAACCAAUUUGGAGACUUCUGUGCGCAGACCAGUGCGGCAGUCGUCUCAUCCUUCGUUGCUGUGGUUGUCUUAGUCUUGUUGAUUAUCAUGUCUGCUUUGGCUAUUGGGAAGCCUUGAAAAUAAUCAACAUAAGGGACCUUAAUUAGUUAAUUAAGUUAUAUGUUGUGCAUGUUUAUUUUCUGUUAGUUUUCCUUGGCUUGUGAGGAUUUAAUGUCCUUGAAGUAAUUAAUGAUGUUCCAAAUUGAUUACUUUGUGUAAAUUUGGUCAGGUGUUGUUGCGAAUGGAAUAUUUUAAUUACAUUCUGAUAUAUAGAUGUUUGAAGCUUUGAAGUGCUUAUUCUCAA